AUGCGGUUGUCGAAAUCCUCCCCGCCAAGGUGGGUGUCGCCAGCGGUGGCCCUCACCUUGAAGGUACCCUUUGAUAUUGUCAGGAUGGAGACGUCACAGGCCAUAGGCAAUGGCGGCAGCAGUGGGCUCAUUGAUGAUGCGGAUGACAUUGAGGCCGUCAAUGGCACCGACAUCCUUGGUGGUCUGUCUUUGAGAGUUGCUAAACUCUCGCUCGGAUUCAGUAUGAACUGCGCGAGUAGGUUGUUGUCUGUUGACCUUGCCUGCUCGCCCUCGUUGACCGAGAGUCUCAUAGAUGACUGGUUAUCUACAUUUGUGUACAAUGUUCGCUCUUUCUGGGUGGGGACAGUCGUGUUCUGCGGGACCACGACAUACAUGGCCUCCCCGACAGUGUGCACUCCUAGUGAGAGAGGGGUCACAUCGAGGAGUACGAGGUCCCUCACCUUGUCGUCCCCUAUGCCACGUAGGACGGCUGUAUGCACGGCGGUACCGGACGCAAUAGCCUCAUCCGGGUUAAUGCUCCUGCACAGCUCCUUUCCCUCGAAAAUAAACUGCAGCAUCUUCUGA